AUGGCUGCCUCUCUCGAGCACCAACCUGGGUCACCUACCACCUAUGCCUCAUCCUUCGAUAUCGAUACUGCCCUUCGGGGAGAAGCGGAGGUAGACGCCGUGUCGGCCCUCUUCUCGAACAAAAAGAUCCUUCGAAAAACGAUCGUUUCCUUUGGCUUGGCGCACAAGAACCGACACGACGAACCAAUUACAGUGGAGGCGCACGCAGAUCUCCUCAAGCUAUUGCUGGAAGAGAACUACAACAUCGAUGUCGAUGAAAUUGGAGAAGGUUAUACUCAGGUUCACACUGCUGGUGGAUCCCUUUCUCUCUUUGAUGCCAGAGUACGGCAAGAUGAUGGUCGGGACAAGACGUAUCGGCAGACCAUACACUUCUCUCGAUUUGCCAAUUGGUCAAGCGAAAACAAAGAGCUCUUCGGCCAAGACGUCGAAGGCAGAGUUGGAUCUCGAGACGGGAUCAUCAAGCCAGAUGGGGGUAUUUCUGCUAGUGUUGUCUGCAAAUUUGACGAUAUCAACAACAAGCCUGCCCUCGUCGACAGCGAGUUGGUCAUGGAGCCAAACAAGUCCUUGACGUUCCUUGACCACGUGACAGUCGGUCUUCGUACCCAGUACGAGCUGAAAGACAACGAGGUGCUCUACCACAUCGUCUGCAUUGUGAUAGAAAUGAAGCCCCCAAACAUUUCCAAGAUGCUCCUUAUCGGCCAGAUCUCAUGCUAUGCUGGAGGCUACCAUGAUGUCUGUGGAACGAGCUACGCUUACGCAGGUCAUGGUCCGAAGGUGUAUCGCCUUUUGGUCUUGGACAAUGCUAUCGUCUUCGAAGGCACGUCUAGUGACGGAGUAGAGGUUGUUGGGAACUUCGACACUCUAAAAAAAAGGUUGGAAGAUGGUAGUGACACAGUUGGAAGGUCCCUCCUUGUCCCAAACAACGAAGGCAAAAAUCAGCUGGACGAAGAAUUGGUCAAAGAUGUUAGAAAGCUGUGUGUCGCUGCAAUCGAGCAGCUCAAGAGAAUUAAUCGCGAUCGCCAGCCUUUGACGCGGCUUCCCAGCCCCGAGGGGGAGACAUGGACAACCUUGAAGAACAUGGUGAAGACUUUCACGUUCGAAGAUGCCGUGACUCAGCCCGAACCGUUCUUCGAAGCGGCGCGUUUGUCAAGAAAGAAGAUAGCUGAACUGAGAGAGUUGCGCAAACACAAGAAAGAUUCUGCGUCUGCGGGGAAUGCUGAAAGUGGGCGGAGGGCAGAGGACUCUGAGUUCGUGGCUCCUCCCGAGGGAGCCGAGUCGACCGAAGUGAAUGCGGACGCGCAGCCAAGGACCGACGUCGAUCCCAAAAGGCCGAAACGAAACAAAAAGAAGACCAAGCAGCAAUUUGUCAACGACCCCCCUCCGAAGAACCGGCGCAAUCGUUCGCCUUCCCCUGGCGGCGGUGGGCAGGGCCCUACGAAGCGCUAUCCCACAAGGAACCAGGCCACUCAGGCCGGUCCGUCUGCUACAAACUCAAGUGCUACCAAGGAAGGCGGUCAGCGCGGGCGCCGGAGCGGGCGCGGGGCCAAGACAGCGGGUAGGACCGUUGGGCAUAGGGUUGGCAACGUCAGGGAGAGCAAUGACAACACAACAAAUGUUUUGAAAGGGAAAGACAGUUUCGAGAGCGCCUCUUCCAAAGAGUCAAUCCGAACGCCUCAUGAAUCAACCGUCAUCAAUCCCGUGAUGACCGGUACUUAUGGGGAUUAUGAUGUCGCAACCACAGAUUAUGAUCCCCUGACCGCUUCCAAUCUCAAAAACAUCGGUUCCUACAUGCCUGAAUUGAACGCAAGCGAGAAAGUCCGAUCACUCCAUGAGUCGAUGCUCAUGGACCCUGUAAUGAACGGUGGUCAAGCACAUCAUAAUGCCCUUACCGAGCUUCGAAACAUCGAGGAGGAAGUGCCGAAACAGACUGCAAGUGGCAUCAUGGAAGACGACAUUAUCGACGAGGAAGACAAUGGCAGUUUCGACCGUGCGCCCUCAGCGGUCUAUGAUGAUCCCUGCCAAGAGUACGUGCUUGGUGAUGCUGAGAAACGCCGAGCGUUCAAUACAAAGAUACAAUUACUCGCCGCUCGUUCUGUUCUCAGGCAAGCAAAUACUAUCUUUGUCAUUGCUGGCAAAGAGAUCUUCAACAAGUGCCUUGACGAAGCCACCAAGUUUGUUCACUUGUAUGUCCAUGCUAUCGGGCUCAGGCUGACUCAGUCGCGCAGAUGA